AUGGCUGGAAUUCAAAAACUUACUCUCUUUGGUGGAGCUGGUAUUGCUGCCUUCGCUCUUUUACUUUUGAUUAUCAGUGUAGCUACACCUGCAUGGCUUGACGACGGAAAUGGCAAUACGAUCGGUCUCUUUCGAAAAUGUGCAGCUACCAAUGGAUCUGCGAAUGUUGAUUUGGGUUGUCAUGGAGAAAAUCGUGUUACUCAAGGUGGCCUAUCUGUAUUUGGUCUUUUACUACUUAUUUUCGCCAUAUUUGCGACGAUCGCAGCAACAUUCACAAGAAAUGCAAUGCUUUUCUUAGUUUCACUCGGUUUAAUGUACUUUUCGUCGAUGUUUGUCAUGUCUGCAUAUGCCACAUGGGGAAGUUACUCGCGUGAUCCCAAAUCAUACCUUUUUCCCGAUACAUCCUCCAUAACUCGAUAUACAACGAUGGGUUAUUCUUAUAAUUUAUGCGUUGCUGCACACUUCUUUCUUUGGUCAGCACUAACAUUAGUUGCAUUUGGCAUCGGUCAUUUCUGGGGCUCGGAACGAAAUGCAUCAGGCUAA